ACUAAUUUUACGCGCACCUAAAAAUAAAGCGCCAAAUUGACACAGACUUUAUUGCACAAUAAACAGCAAUAACUUUCUUCUUGCGUCUAAUACCCGAAAAAUCUUUAAGACCGUUAUCGUUUUUGUAAAUAUACUUUUAUAUUUCUAUGAAAUUUCCAUAUUCGAGUCGUCAGUCAAGAAUUUUAAAAAAUACUUACAUUCGGAUAACUGAAAUUUUGGAUAGAUCUACUAAACUAAUUUGUGAGCUGCUCUGAAAAGAUGUCUGAACAGCUGUUGUUUGGUGGCGCCUUUAGUGUUGUUCUCCCAGACAACAGGGAUGAUCUAAGUGUUAUACGCCAGAUCCCUGACAACCAGGAAGUAUUUGCACAUCCCCAAACUGAUCAGAGCAUCAUUAUAGAGCUGAUGGAAGCAGUUGAUUCACAAGAACCAGAUGAAGUUGCUAUUAAGACACAUUUUGAUGACCUUGCCACAGCAAAUGGUGCUGCGAAUGACAGUAGAGUUAUUCACACAGAACAAGUGAUGAAAGACAAUAUUGCUAUGGAAGAGGCUGACAGUUGCUGGUAUGUGAUAGGCGAACAAAACAUUGCCAAGUUCAACGAAGCAGUGAAGAAUACAGUGGAGCUACACAUGGGCUUGCUUCGUGUUGGACGAUACUCGACAGACAUUCUGAUCACAUUUAAUGACCCGAUCAACAUAGAUGUUGCAAGCAGCAGUCACCAUGCUGUACCUACGUCUGUUACACGAUGGAACACCGAUGACUUGAAGCGUGUUUUGUCCUCUCUCAAGCUUAAAGACCCAUCUAUAUUUGGACUCUAACUAUAAAUACAAACACAAAGUGACUUUGGGGUCCAUAUGGGGGGUCCUGGGUAUGUUUGUAGCUUGUGUUUGAGCAUUUCUCUCCACAAGGUCAAAAUGAUGAGAGCUGGCAUUUAGAUGGGUAUUAGGGGUCCUGAAUCCUUAACGGCUGGGAUUUUGUGGAUGGGUGCUAAGGGUCCUGAAUCUGUAAAGGGUGGGUUUUCGUGUCACUGAAAAUGACAGAAUGAUUUUAAUCUAAUGACUAAAAUGGCAUGAAAAUGACAGCUCUGUUGUGGCUCAUUGAAAGGAAUUAUAACACGGUUUGUGAUAACAAGGGUUUGUUAUAGUAUAUUUUAUAAUGCACAGGUGCAUAAGAGGUACACAACUUGUCUGAUAACGUUUGGGAAACUUGUACAGUCAAAUCUGUAUUAUAAGACAAUUUAUAUGUACAACCCCCAAAAAAUGUUUUUCCUUUCCUAAUUAACUUUUCAGUUGUUUUUGUUGUGUAUAAAUGAAAAGCCUUAAUAAAUGGGAAGAAAAGACAAACCAUAACACAUCCCAGUCUUAUUUUGUCAGACUUAGGUGUGAGAAUGGGGAAUUAUUAUCAAUGUAAUGGGUUAGCCGGUGCACAAUGAAUUUAAAGAUGUUCUCUUCCCUUCAAGUCAAAUAAUGACCUUUAAGGAAUAAAUAGAUAUUAGUUUUAGAAGUUUAUAGUUGAAAUUGACCCAAAGUCAUUUUAUUACAUAAAUGAUUUUUUUUUUUGUUAUCAGUCACAAUAAUAUUCAGAGUUUAAUGAAGAUACUGUUACAGAUGUAAAAUUUUAUACAAGAA